AGAGGGAGCGGCGAUCGUGGGCUUGAAGAAGAGCAAAGCCGAGGUGGGGGUGAUGCGUGAAGAGCAGAGCGUUUGAGAACAAGAACUCGGGAAAGGGAUUGCUGCCUCAGCUUCUGGAUGACCCAGCCCUCCUUUCCUCCAGAGUCUGAAGUCUCCUGGCCCAGUUCAGCUGCCCUCCAGGGGCCUGUUUGCAGAGGAGCAUUUGCUUUUUAAAGAGUCAGUAAGCCAGUCCCCCCAGCACCAGAGCCCUGUGGUCUCACACAGCCAUGACGAAGCUCCUGCUUGUUGCCCCUCUCCUCCUGCUUCUCCUGACCAUGCUGGAAGCCAGACCAAAGCCUGCAGGCCUGAAGUGCAGGACAGGCCCCCUGGACAUCGUGUUUGUGAUCGACAGCUCCCGCAGCGUGCGGCCCUUCGAGUUUGAGACCAUGCGGCGCUUCAUGAUGGACAUCAUCGGCAGCCUGGACGUGGGCCCCAACGCCACGCGGGUGGGGGUGAUCCAGUACUCCAGCCAGGUGCAGAACAUCUUCUCCCUCAAGACCUUCUUCACGCGGGCAGAGAUGGAAAAGGCCAUCAAUGGCAUCAUCCCGCUAGCCCAGGGCACCAUGACCGGGCUGGCCAUCCAGUACGCCAUGAACGUGGCCUUCACCGUGCAGGAGGGCGCGCGGCCUCCUCACAAGAAGAUCCCCCGCGUCGCCAUCAUCGUGACGGACGGGCGGCCGCAGGACCGCGUGGCCGAGGUGGCCAGCCAGGCCCGCAAGGCCGGCAUCGAGAUCUACGCCGUGGGCAUCCAGCGGGCGGACAUGAGCUCGCUGCGGGCCAUGGCCUCGCCGCCGCUGGAGGAGCACGUCUUCCUGGUCGAGUCCUUCGAGCUCAUCCAGCAGUUCGGGAAGCAGUUCCAGGACAAGCUCUGCGGGGUGGACAUGUGUGUGGAGCGGGAGCAUGGCUGCCAGCACAGCUGUGUCAGCACCCCUGGCACCUUCUACUGCGAGUGCAACCCCGGCUACAGGCUCAACGUGGAUGGAAAGACCUGCUCCCCCAUCGAUGCCUGUGCAGAUGGGAGACAUGGCUGUCAACACCACUGCGUCAGCGCUCGAGGGUCAUACUCGUGCCACUGCCGCACGGGCUACAGCCUCAACCAGGACCAGAGGAGCUGCUCGAUGAUUGAUUACUGCAGCUUUGGUAACCACAGCUGCCAGCACGAGUGCGUGAGCCUGCCCGGCGGGCACUACUGCCGCUGCCGCAGCGGCUUCACGCUGCAGCCCGACGGCAGCUCCUGCAGCGCCACCGACCUCUGCAAUGGGGUGGAUCACGGCUGCGAGUUCAAGUGUGUGAGCACGGAGGGCUCCUACAGCUGUGUGUGCCCCGAGGGGCAGCAGCUCCAGGCUGAUGGCAAGGCCUGCAGCAAGUGCGGGGCCGGGCACGUUGACCUGGUGAUGGUGAUCGAUGGCUCCAAGAGCGUCCGGCCUCACAAUUUUGAGCUAGUGAAGCAGUUUGUGAACCGCAUCGUGGACCUGCUGGAGGUGUCUCCCCACGGCACCCGCGUGGGGCUGGUGCAAUACUCCAGCCGCGUCCGCACCGAGUUUCCCCUCAACAAGUACCACAGCGCGGACGAGAUCAAGGCGGCCGUGAUGGACGUGGAGUACAUGGAGAAAGGCACCAUGACGGGCCUUGCCCUCAAGCACAUGGUGGAGCACAGCUUCUCCGAGCUGGAAGGUGCCAGGCCUCUGUCCCACAACGUGCCCAGGAUCGGGCUGGUCUUCACAGAUGGGCGCUCCCAGGAUGACAUCUCCGAAUGGGCCAGGAGAGCGAAGGAGUCAGGGAUCGUCAUGUUUGCCGUGGGCGUUGGGAAGGCUGUGGAGGAGGAGCUGAGAGCCAUCGCCUCUGAGCCGGUGGAGCAGCACUUCUCCUACUCAGCAGACUUCACCACCAUGACCCACCUCGUGGAGAACUUCAAACUGAACAUCUGCCCAGAGGAGGGCAAAGGGGAGACGGAGAUCCGCAGCCCGUGCGAGUGCGAGGCGCUGGUGCAGUUCCAGACGAACACCGUGGCCAUCCUGCAGAGCCUGACGGAGAAAAUUGCUCAGAUGACAGCCAGGCUCGAAGACUUGGAAAAGCAGGUUGCUAACAAGAAGUGAUGCUUGCAGAGGGCUGCAGUGCUUGGAUGGGGACGGACAGCAGCUGUGUGGUGUUGUUAUUGCUAGGCUAUUGUAAAGCAUCAGUGUUCUUGUAUCACAAAAUCCCAAGGGGGACAUGGAGUGUAUUUAAAAAAAAAACCCAAAAUCCUAAAAAAAAAAUCCCCAAAAGAACUUGAGCAAACCCCCUGCUGCAAAGCCAAAGGCUUCAGCUGCUGCUGUUGCCUUGUUCCUCCGAACCGGCAGGUCUGGGAUGAGGUGGGAUGACCGUGUGGGCUUUCAGCAUGGAGAUGUGACACUUGGCCUUUUCCCAGAGCAAUUGGGCUGAGCCAGCCCCUGUACAGCCCCCCAGCUCCCAGCAAGCUGCUUUGCAAGAGUAAAAACACCCUGCAUUGAUCACACCCUGAGAGCUUCCUCUGCCUGUGUGGCUGCUGUGGGAGGACGUGGUCCCUGACUGCCCCAGCACCCUGCCCAGCUGUGUGCCCACGGGAGAGCAGGCAGCAGGAACCACAUGGCCCCUGCCUCCCUUUUGGCAGAUUUCUUUGGGAAUUGGUCCUUGUCUUGUUUGGUUUUUUUACUCCUCACACAGCAAACUGGUAAUAUUUCUUCCUAUAAAUAUUUAGGUGUGUGUAUAUAUCUGUGUUUCAUUCUGAGAGCCAGGGUAGUGCUAUUUUGAAACACUUUUAUCUAAAGACAUUUCUGUCCUGACA